GGCUGCAAGGAAGGUUUCCCUAGACCGAGGCGCGGAAACGGGGUGCCUCGGCCUCCCGCCCGCUGCCCGCCCGUUCUUCGCGGUAGCGAACGCCGAGCGCCCGGAGCGAUGGGUGCCAACGAGGAUCAGGAGAUGGAACUAGAAGCUUUACGAUCUAUUUAUGAAGGAGAUGAAAGCUUCCGUGAAUUAAGUCCAGUUUCAUUUCAAUAUAGGAUAGGUGAAGACGGCGAUCCCAAAGCCUUUCUAAUAGAGAUCUCCUGGACAGAGACAUACCCCCAGACGCCUCCGGUCAUCUCUAUGAACGCCUUUUUUAACAACACCAUCUCCUCGGCUGUGAAGCAGAGUAUCUUAGCCAAGCUGCAGGAAGCAGUAGAAGUGAAUCUCGGCACGGCCAUGACCUACACGCUGUUCGAGUAUGCUAAAGACAAUAAAGAGCAGUUCAUGGAGAACCAUCAUCCCGGAAGUUCCACAACGCCUAUAGCCAAUAUCAUCUCGGUUGAAACUCCCAGCGCAGCCCCAUCAAGUAAGAAAAAAGACAAGAAAGAACAACUUUCCAAAGCUCAGAAGCGCAAGCUGGCAGAUAAAACAGAUCACAAAGGGGAACUCCCUCGAGGCUGGAACUGGGUUGACGUCGUGAAGCAUGUAAGUAUUCUUGAAGUCUUUACGUUCUCUGUUUCCUUCCUGUUAGGCGUUCUUUCUCAGAAGUGAGAGCCCUGGAGCUGGAAGCUUGGCUCUCGUCCCUUUGCUGCGCUGUCAGCCCAGGAUCAGUUUCUGUAGAGCAGAUCUGUGUGAAUCCAGCCACCUUCUGUUGCACUAGAUCAUAAAGAGAGCUCAGUAGACGGAAAGCAGCCCCAUUCUAGUCUUCAUUAGAAAGUGUAGCUAUUACUGAGGGAAGAGAGAUAGCUCUGUCAGUAAAGGGCCUACUGUGCACAUAUGAGGCCCCGAGUUUAGACCUCCAUAUACAUAAACAGCUGGGUUCAGUGGCGUGCAUUUAGGGGUGAGAGACUGGCCAAGUGCAGAAUUCAUUACCCAGCAAGCCUUGCUAAAUUGAUGAGCUCUAACUUUUGUGGGAGGCCAUGACUAAAAAAGUAACGAGGAAAACAAUCAAGAAGGUCACUUGACUGGCAUCGUGCACACACUCACACAAACAUGUAAUACAUACACACACAAACAUGUAACACAUGCACACACAAACAUGUAACACAUGCACACACACACGCACAUAUAUACACGCAAAUGGUUGGGUUGUUGCAUUAUAGGUUUAUUAUUAGUUUUAUAUGAAUGAAUGUUAGUUUUAAUUCUAAAUGCAGCAGCUGUAACACGUUUAAAAACAGAAAGUCUUUAAUUCCUUCAAUAUCCACAGGAUAUUUAGCAAUAUCCCUGUGUUUGGGAACUUUUACCCUUCAUGGUGCCAUAGUUUCCCACAGUAUUCUUCAAAAUUGUUUUAUUGCAUUAUUUACCAUGGGUGUGGAGACCCAAGGACAACUUGGAGGAAUUGGUUCUUUCCUACCCUGUAGGUCCUGGAGACUGAAGGGUCGUCUGGCUUAGCAAUCAUUUUCUUGGCCAUUUACAAGUGUGUGCAUAUGUGCCUGCUUGUGUGUACACCAUCUGUGUUGGUUGUGAGCUGCCCAAUGUGGGUUCUAGGAACUGAACAUGGGUCCUUCACAAGAGCAGCAAGAGCUCUUAGCCACGGAGGUGUCUCUGCAGCCCCGGCUCCCACGGUAUUCAUCAUGUGGUAUACAAUGGGAUUGAUCUGUGGUGAUGGGUGGUUAUCCUAUUCAGAAUCACGUUUGUGUGGUUUGAGAAUUAAUCAGUUUCUCCCCAAAUUUGCCAACUCUUCCUUAAGAUUUUUACCAGAAAAAAAAAAAGCAGAUUUAAAAUUUGUUAAGUUAUGGUUUCACACUUAAAGUUUAAGAAUUGUUAUCUGUAAGGUGGCUUAUUUUAUUAAAGCAAUUUUUUUUAUUCACACAAACACACGUCUAUGCAUAGCACACACAUACACUACAUGUACACUUUUUUUAAAAAAAAAUCUAAAUUUAUGGGGUUGGGGAUUUAGCUCAGUGGUAGAGCGCUUGCCUAGGAAGCGCAAGGCCCUGGGUUCGGUUCCCAGCUCCGAAAAAAAGAACCAAAAAAAAAAAAUCUAAAUUUACAAAAGGAAGAAUUCACCUUUUGGUCUGAUGAUAUAGGUCUCCAUCACCAUGAAUAUACACAUUACAGGUAAAGACACUUGGUGUCAUGCCUGUUGGCCAGAGUUCAAUCCCUAGCUCCCACUUGGUAGGAAAAAAGAACUAAGUCAGAACAAGUGCUCCUUGAAUCUCCACAGACACACCUGGGCACACUCAUGCACCCUCACAUGCGCAUGUGCACACACCAAUACACACAAUAAUGUGUAAAUUUAUAAAACAUAAUAGUUUAUCAUCUAUUGCUGCCCCGCUUUGUUGUAUUGACACAUGCAUGACAUGGUGUCUGAGGAGUUACAACCAAGGCCAGCAGAGUCAGAUUGCCCCGGGUGGGAGCCUGUUCUUCUGCCCCGCAGCCAGAUGCUUUAGGACAACUGUAUCUCAGGUCUCACACUUCUAAUAAAGUGUGAUAGAAAAGAAGGCUCCUAUGGAGUUAAUGUGUUCACCAGAACACUUAGAACAGCACUAGUUACCGAGAAAGCACUAGACAUUAUCAAUAUAGCAUGAUUCGCAGACUAUAUUAUCAGCAAAAAUAUCAAGCCUGGGCGAACAAAAUGAAGCCUAUGAUAGAAGACGGAAUAGAAGAAUGGCAUUCAUUUAGCAAGCUACCUUUUAUAGGCUCGGUUCGGGUUUGAUUUAUUCUUAGAAAGCUGCGCCAGAUCUUCCCCCAUAUAACCUUGCUCUGCUGAACCCAGCUUUGGGGUUGUUUUUUAUACCCGUUGGAAGUAACUUCACCUAGGGUUAGAAAUGGUUACAUAUAGAAACAGUUACAAUUUAAGCUCCCAUGACUUGAUCUGUCUUUCCCAUUACUUAUUUAGUUUUGAUUCUGAUUAGAAACAAUGACUCAGAUACUGCAGAUUGUCUCCACUUAAUACUUGUAUCUUUUUUUUUUUUAAUCAGUUAAGCAAAUCUGGCUCUAAAGAUGACGAGUAGCAAGCCCCUGCACCAGGGCGAGCGCAGCCCGGCUCAGCAUCUCUCCUUCCUUUAGUUCUGGUACUGAGUGGCUCUUUACAGGACAUGUUCUCUUGUGUGUGUCUUGAAAAAAUAUAAGCGGAAGGUUCAUGAAGGGGUUUGGUUGUAGUAAAUUUAUCUUCACAAACUCGCCUUAAUAAAAGGUCAAAGUGUAACUUGUUCAGAGUACUUUCUGAAGCUGUCGAGCAUCAUCGCCAGUGGAUGGCUCCACAGAGUGAAGUCAGCGGUCACUUAGCCAUCUGACCCAAGCCAUGUGAUCAUUUCUAAAGGCCAACAAAAGCAUGUUUGAACUCUCAGUUCAGCAGAGCCCAGUUCCAAGUCUCUGGCAUCCGAGGUGUGACCCAUACUACAGCGGCUCGCCUUUUGCCUAGGUAGCAAAACGUAAGUCGAUUCAGAGAAGUCUGAGUACGGGUGUUGAGCUUUAUGUGACUCUGUAGUUGCUCUUUAUUUUCAAUAGCGAAUUGCUUUUCCUAAAUAAAUUGAUAAUUAUGUAUCCUUUUAGAUUGGAUGCAGGUGUGUGAUCAUGAAAGCUUUCAAUUAUGUGAAUAAUAAAGGAAUAUAAGAAGAAAAUUAAGGGGGUGGGGAAAUGGUUCAGUCAGUCAAGGGCUUGCUGUGCAAGCCUGGGGACCUGAGUUCAGAUCCCCAACCACCCACACAAAAAACCGGGCCUGCACCUGGAACCCAGAGCUGGGGAGGCGGAGACAGGAGGAGCCCUGGUGCUUGCUGGCCUGACAGUCUAGCUGAAUCUUUGAGCUCCUGGUUCUGGUAGAGAACAAUAGAGGAAGACAUAUAACAUAAAUCUCUGGCCUUGAGGGCAAGCACAUGUGCAUACACCCAUCUGCACACAAAUACAAAUACCAGGUACACUUGCAUGCACGACCGUACACCACACCAAACAAAGCAAAAACAACAAAUUUGCCAAAUACUUUAGGAAGCAUUUGAAUAAGUGCUAGCUCUUAUUUAAGACAUUUCUCUUUGCUGCAUAGGUCAGGAUGAAAGUAAAAGAUGCCUUAAUAUUUAAUUUUUGUACUGUUGGAGACAGUGGUUUUAAUUCCUAAUAUUUGCUAUUGUGAUGUUUUGUUGUUUGGUAAGAGGUCUUUCAGUGGAGUCAACAUUAAACACGCUUUGAAUCUGGAGGGGCGGUGCUUGGUUCUUGUGGGGGUUUUGUUUUUUUGGUAGGUUAUUUUUUUUAUAGUGUCUUUUCAAGUAUCCAAAUGUGUUUCCUAAUCUCUGUGUCUUUUUAAUAAUAUAUAUCCAAUCUUUGACAUGCUGAACUAUUGUUAUACAUGCUUGGUUUUUAAAAUCAUUAGGAAAGGAAACUCGCUAUAGUUUUACUAGAACAGGUAUUGGGGUAUUGGUGUGUGUGUGUGUGUGUGUGUGUGUGUGUGUGUUAGUAUUACAGUGGUUGUGUGUGCUUCCACAUUCUUAGAACACCAAGCUUCACUGUGUAGUUUAUAUCAGGUUUUAAAGACCAAUCAACUUUCAGAGACGUUACCUAAGCAUAAGAGCAGAUGUAUGUAUGGAUUUCACAAAGUUACCCCUUGGCUCUGGUUAAAUUGUAUGAGCUGAAAAGUAAGUGUAGUCACAGUGAGAGAGUUUGCUCACACCUGUAGUCACAGUGAGAGUUUGUUCACGCCUGUCUUGUUUUCUAGACAAAUAUUGGAGAAGCCUAGACUACAACAGCUUUUCUUUGAGAGCUUCUGUUUGUGCAUUUUCAUUGUCAUCUUGAUUUGUUUUUUUCUUUUCAAGAAACAUUUUGUAAUAGAAAAAAAGUACUUUGUUCUGUUCUAAAGGUCAUUUCUCUGGUUCUCUGGUCAAAGUUAUUGUGGUUCUUAGAUUGCAAACAAUAAUGCUAGUUAAAUGCCAAUGAACUAUUUUUACUCUUUUCUAUGAAAUGUAUAGAUCUCUGGGGCAGACGGUGGUAAUGCUAUCCCUUGUUACCUUAUAAACACUUGAACAUUUGCAUCAAAAAUAAUGCUGGUCUGAUAAUGCUCCCAGUAUAUUUUCUCAAAGUCUGUUUACUUAAAACUGUGUGUGAUGACGUGACUGAUGAGCAAUAAAGUCUGAAUUACAGUGA